AUGCGCGCCUGGCUGCGCGCUGCGCUCGUCCUUGGGGCGCAGCUCCGAGCGCUGUGGCUGGCGGCAGCAGUGGAAGUUCACACUGCCAAGGAGGUGGUGGCCGUGAACGGCACCAACCAGCGGCUGAAAUGCACCUUCUCCAGCAGCAGCCCCGUGAGCCAGCAGCUGUCCGUGAGCUGGAACUUCCAGCCCGAGGACCUGAGCGCCCACGAGCCGGUAUUUUACUACCUGAAGGAGCCCUACCAGCCCCCCUCGGGAAGGUUUAAGGACCGAGUCACCUGGGAUGGGAACAUCGAGCGCCACGACGUUUCCAUCAUGGUCUGGAACCUGAAGCCCAGUGACAACGGGACCUUCACCUGCCAGGUGACAAACUGGCCAGACGUCUAUGGCACCAUCGGGGAGGUGCGGCUCCGGGUUGUGCAGAAAGUGAGCUUCUCAGAAAUCCAUUUCCUGGCCGUGGCCAUCGGCUCUGCCUCUGGGCUGAUGAUCAUCGUGGUGACAGCCGUGAUCAUCUGCCGGCAGCACCGCAGGAAGGCGCGAGACAGGAGAACCGAGGUGGCGGAGGCGGCGGACAGCGAGCGUAAAGAAAAGGAGAGCCUGAAGAUGGGGGAAAAGAAGGAAUCCAUUCCAUUGGAAGAUUAAAGGUCUUUGCUGGUGUGCACAAUGCAG